AUGCUUUAUGUUUCUGAGUGCGGACAGAUAUCACGAUAUGUUAUGCAGGUUUAUACUCUCACUUUCUUGAUAAGUACGAUAUUAACGAUGGCAUCAUCAACUACUGACGCACAAGCUCUAGUUGUCUACGACGAUAAUCAGGCGCCUUUGAAACGUUUCGCAGAAAAAGAAAAAGUCGUGAAAAUUGGAAGCCAUAUCAUUCGACUUCAACAGAAUUGGAACGAAAACGGAGUGGCAGGAGUGCUCUGGGAUUCGGCGACUGUCCUGUCCGAAUAUCUUCUUCGCAAUGAUAUUGUACGCGAUCGACGUGUCCUUGAACUUGGAGCGGGUUUAGGACUUCCAUCCAUCGUAGCCGCUAAACUCUUUGCCUUCCAUGUCACCGCCACAGAUCAACCUUCAGCUCUCUCACUUCUCCAUCAGAAUCUCGAGGCAAACCUCGACCAAAAACAAAUGUCCACGGUUGCUGUAGCUCCACUAGAUUGGACAAAUCCACCAAAGGACAAGCUGCCUUGCGAUGUUGUGCUUGGUGCAGAUCUUGUGUACGAUAAGAGCGUGUUUGGAGCAUUGAAAAACGUCAUAACGUGGUUGGUUGAGGGUAAUACGAUAAUGCUUAUGGCCACUAAAAUACGAUAUCCAAAAGACAGAGAGUUUUAUGAAACACUCAAGGAUGAAUUUUCAGUUGAGCAGGUGCAUUAUGACGAAGCAACAGAUGUCAUUUUGUAUUCUAUCAAAAGAAAACGUGAAGAAUUAUGAUAAUAGUUAUCAUCUAGGCAUUCUUACAGUACAUUAUGAAGUUCGGCGUGCUCUCAGACAAAGCUGUGAUCAGUUUAAGUACCUUUGCUUUUCGUAAUCUCCAGUGCAACGCUUAGAUGUAUUUCACUUCACGAAUAUGCAGGCACACGUUUUGUUAUUUUGUUAUCCCACUCCGUUACCAAUUUUGUGAACCACUUUCGCUAAAAUAAAUGAAG